AGAGCUUAAUUUUUUGUGCUACACUUUGUACUUUAGUUUUCUUUUUAUAACAAUGGAGGAGGACAAAUCAUUUUCGGACGACGACGAUUUCGUCACAACGCAGAAGAGGCGGAUGGCGACACCGAAGGUGGUUGAGAAAAAGGCAAAAAUAGAGAACGCCGGUCCAUCUACGUCUGCUGCGAAAUCUAAGCCUUCCACCGCGAAAACUACUACAGCCGCCCCUCAUCCUAGCAAACAUUUGGCCGUGGAGACUACGAAAGCCGCAAACUGUGAUGAAGGGGAGUUAAAUCCCCGUGGAACGAAGGAUAAGGAGAAGAGAAAGUCGGAAACCGCUACAAGUCUUGUCCGUAAAGACCAGAAUUUCCUACCCGUCCCGUGGUCCUACAUUCCUGAUGAGGAGGAGAUGGAAGUGGAGGAGGAAGAAAUGCGACUCAGGGAUGGGAGGGGGAUUAUUUAUAGAGAUGGGGAUUUGGCUGAAGAGUUCCAAAUAAGGUACAUGGCUUCGUCGAAUGCAAGACUUGACAAAACGUUUAAAGGUGAAGGGGUGGAUAAAAUCAGGAUGACGAUUCUGCGGUUAGUUGGACUAGCCCCGACUGAAACCGCUUCCCCUGACCUCGAUGUUUAUGAAGCCUCUCCACAACUUUUUUUGACCCAGGAGGAGCAGGGAUUGACCGCUGCACAGAGGGAGGUUCUCUUCCAGGAGAUUUUCCGCAGAGGAGGUCGUGUUGACGUUGAAGACAAACCGGGAUGGUUUUUAAUUAUUCACAAGGCCCCCACCACCGGGCUAAUUCAUUUAUGUUUGGAGAGACCUAAAAUAGAUAGAGGAAUACUGAUCUAUGAUGCUACAAGGCUUUGCACGAAACCAAAGUGUUACCAAUACUACCAAACUCUCUCAAAUGAUGUCCUCCCCAAGUGUAUGAAGCAUCAAUCCAAUCCCAUUUAUGCCAUGAUGAAAGUAACUGAUUUCAAUCGAAGGGACGUGUUGGUGCUUCUUCAUAUGCAGUCAGCAUACUCUGCAGCAUCGAAUGCAUCCGAUCGGGAUAAAGAUGAAAGGAUCGAAUUGUGUCUUCAUCAAAUAUGUACCAGUUACCCGCAGUGGAAAAAUUAUUGUGCUACGGAGGGCCUAGCAAGUCGACCGAUCCCCAAAUCCAUAUCGCGACACCACUUUAACAACGACGGCGACGCUCUAAGGAUGCUGUCAUUCGAAUCCACCAUUGGAAUGUUUAUUAAACUUGCCCCCGGAUCUCAACCCAUCAUCAAUUUGGAUGAUUUAAUCCCCUUGUGUUAUGGAUUGGAGCGUGAGAUUGAUGCGCGACUAAAGGAGUUGGGAAUGGAACUCAAGAUUCGUCGCCACUUGACCAAAGAGGAGAGGUCGGAGGUCAAGUACCCUUUUUGUGGAGAAUACUUGUUAGGAACAGCUGCAGCAGCACACCAACAACCGGAGAAAGGGAAAACUUUUUUGUACACCAUCAUGAGUCGGGACAUGUGGUAUUUCGGUUGGAGUGCAACCCCCGAUUUCAAGAAACGCUUGGACAUAAGAGGGGGGACUGAUGGUGCAAGGGAGUACAAACGAAUCACAGAGAAGAGACAAAAAGAGAGAGAGUUAGAGAUAGAGGGACUGCAACAGAGAGAUAGAGAAUUAGGUAGAGCAGAGGAGUUAUCUAUCUAUCCACCCCCACUUAAGGCUCCUACCCUGACCCCCUACCUUGUCGCCAAAUGUGAAGAUGAUGACAAGAAGAUCAUCAAGACCAAGACCAUCGAAGCAAAAAUGAUCAUUGCAGGCUAUAUUGCUUAUUUGUUGGGAUUCCGUAAUCCUAUUCGUCCUAAUUCUGAUGUAGGUUAUUCUGUUAAUAAGUGUGUUUCUAUAAGUUUAGUUGAUUCUAAUUCAUGGGGCGAGAUAUGUGAAUUUGUCAAGUUAUUCUGGGGGUUUGAACCAAUGUUGGCGAAGUAUAAGAGAAAUUGAAUUAUGUUUAUAUGUUUUGUACACGUAACAAUGGAGAUGCAAUAAACAUACCACAUCCUUGUUCACAGCCA